AUGGAGACGUUCUCUGUGAUUCCUUCACCAAAAGUUUCCGAUACGGUCGUGGAGCCAUACAAUGCCGUUCUGAGCUUCCACCAGCUCGUGGAGAACUCCGACGAGUCCUUCCUCUUGGAUAACGAGGCACUUUAUGACAUCUGCUUCCGCACUUUGAAGCUUACGACACCUACCUACGGUGACUUGAACCACCUGGUGUCUGCAGCCAUGAGUGGCGUCACGUGCUGUUUGCGCUUCCCGGGGCAGCUGAACUGCGACCUGCGCAAGAUCGCCGUGAACCUGGUGCCCUUCCCGCGGCUGCACUUCUUCAUGACGGGCUUCGCCCCUCUGACCUCCCGGGGCUCGCAGCAGUACCGGGCUCUGACAGUUCCGGAGCUGACACAGCAGAUGUUUGAUGCGAAGAACAUGAUGUGUGCGGCCGAUCCACGUCAUGGUCGCUACUUGACGGCGGCAGCACUGUUCCGUGGCCGAAUGUCCACGAAAGAGGUGGAUGAGCAAAUGCUCAACGUCCAGAACAAGAACUCAUCGUACUUCGUCGAGUGGAUCCCGAACAACAUCAAGGCAUCCGUCUGUGACAUCCCGCCGAAAGGGUUGAAGAUGGCAGUGGCCUUUGCAGGCAACUCCACGGCCAUCCAGGAGAUGUUCAAGAGGGUUGCAGAGUACUUCACCGCGAUGUUCCGGCGCAAGGCCUUCCUGCAUUGGUACACAGGUGAGGGCAUGGAUGAGAUGGAGUUCACCGAGGCCGAGUCUAACAUGAAUGACCUCGUCUCUGAGUAUCAGCAGUACCAGGAUGCGACUGCUGAGGAAGAAGGGGAGUUCGACGAGGAGGAGGGAGAGUAUGACGGAUGA